AUGAAAAAGGAGUAUGAGUGGAAGAAGCAGGUUGUUUGGGAUGCAAGGGGAAGUCCAAAGCUGAAUCACUUAGCUUUUGAUGAUGAUAUGAUCAUCUUCUGUAAAACUGAAAUGAGAACAUUACAGAUAGUAUCCUCAACAUUGGAAGGAUAUGAAGCUGUACCAGGCCAGAAAAUCAACAAAGGAAAGAGUGCAUUAAACAUUCAUAAAGGAGUGUCAAAUGGAACUAUGGUGAUGGCAGAAGUAACUACAGGUAUACUAAGAGGAGAAUUUCCUUUUAAUUAUCUGGGUUGUCCAAUUUUCUACAUGAGAGAGAAGAAAGAUUUCUUUCAGCAAUUGAUGAAUAAGAUAGCAAAUAAAUUGCAAGGUUGGAAAAGGAAAUUGUUAUCUUAUGGUGGGAAAGCAGUGUUGAUCCAACAUGUACUGCAAAGCAUACCAAUUCAUUCCCUUUCAGUAAUGAAUCCGCCUCUUAAUGUGCUGAACACUUUACAAAAGGCUCUAGCUCAGUUUUUCUGGAGCAGCAGAAUAGGUGAAAAAGGUAGACAUUGGGUGAGAUGGCAGGAG